AUGUAUAAUAAUAUUGGAUGUGGAUCUACCGUUAACGAAAAGGGAGUUCAUGGUUUGAGCUGUAAAUUCAGUGCAGGUCGUUUUCCUAGACACUCUUCUGUUAAUGAUCUGAUUAGAAGAGCUUUGACAACUUCGGAUAUUCCAGCUGUUUUGGAACCUUUGGGAAUCAGUCGUGAUGACGGAAAACGCCCGGAUGGGAUGUCUCUCAUUCCAUGGAGUCACGGAAAACCUUUAGUAUGGGACUUCACAUGCGUAGAUACAGUUGCUGCUUCACAUAUCGAUUCGACAUCAAAAAUCGCCGGAGGAGCAGCAGAUUCAGCUGAAAAAAUGAAGUUGAAAAAAUAUUCUACUUUGAGAGACCAAUAUAUUUUUUAUCCUGUUGCCAUAGAAACUUACGGAUCUUUUGGCCCCAAAGCUACAGAAUUAUUCAAUCUCAUUGGAAGGAAACUCAUCCAUAAAACUGACGAUAAUAGAGCUCGAUCUUUCCUGAUUCAGCAGAAGCUUUGGUCGAACGAUCCUUCGAUCCGAGUCGUAUGUUUGGACGAUCUGAAACUUCGGAUUCAAAGGUUCGCACCUCAAUUCAGAGGCUCCUCGCAACAGGAUGCACAAGAAUUUCUUUGUUACCUGCUGGAGGGGCUGCACGAGGACGUCAACAUGGCCGUAGAUGAACCGAACCCGAACCCAAAGCCAGUACUUAUGGAAAUCGACAAAUCAUUCAGUUUUAAUGUCGACGCAAUGGAUUCGUGGUCGAGAUUCUUGAUAAUGAAUAAAUCUAAGUUCGUCGAUAAUUUUGUCGGGCAGUUGAAGUCUACUUUGAGAUGCACCUUCUGUGGAUAUUGUUCGGAGACAUUCGACCCAUUUUGGGAGUUGUCUUUACCGAUACCACAGCGAUCAGGCCAACUCAGCUUGUCACACUGCUUGGACUCGUUUACGAGUGUUGAGAUUUUAGACGGCGAGGAGAAACCAACUUGCUCGAUGUGUAGAGAGAAAAGAAAAUGUUUGAAGUCAUUAUUCAUCAACAAGUUCCCAAAAAUUUUAGUUAUACAUCUGAAACGUUUCUCGCAGACUGUAGAGUUCAGUGAGAAACUUAACACAUUUGUCGACUUCCCCUUGAUCGGCUUGGACAUAAGCCCCUAUGCAGCUGAAGAUAUCGUACCUUGUCCUUACAAUCUGUAA